AUUCGGGAAGACCGCGUGGAAGAAGCCCAUUGCAAAACCUUUUCCUGGAUUCUGGACAAUGACGAUCUACAAGCGAAUGACUGCAGAGUCAAGUUUUGCAGAUGGCUACGGUCCCACAACCCGAACGAGAACUUUUUCUGGAUUAUGGGGAAGCCAGGAGCUGGAAAGAGUACGCUUAUGAAAUUUCUCGCCAACAACGCCCGCAUCCCUGAAUUGCUGAGCGACUGGGUUGGGGAUGGCAAGCUCCUUAUAUGCAAGCAUUACUUCUGGAAAAGCGAGAAUUCCCCACUACAGAAGUCGCUCAUUGGUCUCUUGCGGUCUAUUCUACUCCAAAUACUGAGGGAAUACCCCGAGAUGAUCGAUCAUGCAUUUCCGAGCCAUGAGAAGGACUGUAUGAUUGGCGGCGACGCAUUCGAGUUCUCCCGGACUUCUCUCGUUCAAGCUCUUGAGCGCGUAUUGCAAGAUAUACAAAGUAUCAGACUGCGUCUGUGUAUCUUCAUUGACGGUCUCGAUGAAUGCGACAGCUUGGAUGCUCAUCCUGACUCAGUGAUGAAAGAAUGGAAACUCAUCAGGUUCCUCAAGAUCUUUGAGGAUAACCCAUUUGUGAAAGUCUGCGUAUCAAGCCGCCCAUGGCAACCAUUUGAGUGUACACUCGGUGAAAGGCCGGAGCUUUUGAUUCGCAUCCAUGAGCUUACACAAGGCGACAUAGCGACCUACGUACUGGAGACAUUCAGCAGUAAUGUUAUGUUUCAAAGACUUGCAGAAGAGGACGACACUUAUCACGGCCUUAUCAACGAGAUUGUAGAGGCAUCGCAAGGAGUCUUCUUAUGGGUUCGAAUUGUUUGCCAAACUCUCCUUGAAGGAAUCACCAAUGCGGAUCGCAUAUGCGACUUGCAACGGGAGCUACGACGCCUUCCGGAUGAGCUCAACAAACUCUACGAUCAUAUUUUGGAAAGCAUCAACCCCUCACAUUAUGAGAUCUCGGCCCGGGUACUACUUGUACUAUCCCGAAAUCUCGAGCUCGGACAUAUGCCUCUC